CUACUUCACUCCUCCCAUUCCCCUCGCUCGUCCUGAUUUCACCACCACUGCACCUCGGGCCUUGCAGACCUUUUACCCCCAGUGCACCUGCUGAUUUUGACUGUCCUGCGUCACGCUGUGUUGACCUCAUCACAGCGCAGCUUCCUUGGUAUACUUCCGCCUGAGCCCCAGGCUUUGCCAAGCACUUCGAGAUCCAACACCAACACCAAGACCUCGACAAAUCCCCACCCAAACUCGAUCAUGAGCGAGGCAACACCCACGCAAAGUGCCGUGCCCGCCGUGUCGACUCCGCAACAGCAACCUCAAGGCACGCCGACCCAGGCAAAUGCACCGACUCCUGCUUCUGCCAGUGUAGCUGGCGACCAGCUCAUUUGUCAGUGGCAGAACUGCGGUGAACGCUGUCCAUCCGCCGAGCAACUCUAUGACCACGUUUGCGAGCGCCAUGUCGGUCGCAAAAGCACUAACAACUUAAACUUGACUUGCCAGUGGGGCAACUGUCGUACAACCACUGUGAAGCGCGAUCAUAUCACAUCGCACAUCCGUGUUCAUGUCCCUCUGAAGCCGCACAAGUGCGAUUUCUGUGGCAAGGCCUUCAAACGCCCCCAGGAUCUCAAAAAGCACGUUAAAACUCACGCUGAUGAUUCUGUCUUGCUGCGCUCUCCAGAGCCAAACCGAGGAGGUCCUCAUGGCGGACCUGGCUAUCAAGGAGGUGGCGGAAAACUAGUCGCUGACUUGCAGGCUCUUGCCGCUACAGCGAGCGGAUACUACCCCGGCGACGGUGGUAUGGGCCCAAAUGCAGGUUACGGCCAACAGCAUCCUGGAGGCGCCCCCGGUGGAUUCUAUGGUGGACCUCCCCAGAAUUCGGCCUACGGUCCUGUUUACUACGCUCAGCUUAACAACGACUCCUAUGAAAUCCGAAAGCGCGCGGCUUAUGAUGCCCUGAAUGAGUUCUUUGGCGAUGCUAAGCGACGAGCCAUUGACCCCACGACCUACUACGAUGUCGGCCAGAGACUCAUGGGUCUCCAAGGUGUUCAGCUUCCGGUUAUCUCCGGGGGCUAUCAAACUGGUAUGUCGGACUAUGGGAAUGGAGGAGGCACCAUGGUUGCACAUGCUGCCCACCCUCCAAUGCAUCCAUACUCCUUGCCCCUUCCCAACUUGAGGACGAAGAGCGACCUUCUGAAUAUCGAUCAAUUCCUGGAGCAGCUGCAAAGUACUGUAUACGAGAACCCGAAUCACGCUGCUGCUGCCGGUGUCCAUCAGCCAGGAGCGCACUAUGUCCAUUCGGCCACCAACUUCCGGUCCAGUAAUUCUCCGCCUGGUCUCUCCGGUGCUCACCCGCAGUCUUCGCACGCUACUGCUGUUGCGUCCGCAAGCACCGAGACUCCCGCCCUGACUCCAGCAUCCAGUGUCUUGUCCUACAAUUCGCAACAUUCUCCCGGAUCAGGACACUCAGGCAGCACCGUUUCCCCAACAUCAAGAGCCCCAAUUGGUAGCAUGUACCCCACUCUCCCGUCAGUCAGCGCAAUGUCCGAUAUCUCGACUGCUGCUCCCUCGACUGGCUUGGCACCUGCCUUUGAUGCCGAUGGUCGCCGCCGAUACUCUGGAAAUCUUCUUCAGAAAGCUGCCCCGGACCGACGUGGAAGUGAGCAAAUGGACACCUCUGAGGAUGGCGCAUCACCAAAGGAAUCCCGCCGUAGCUCUGAACAGGAUAAUUUGCACCACAACGUGAACCAGCUGGCCAUACAUUCUCCCAAGGUAGACCCUGCUUUGUCCCUGAGGUCCCCGAGCCAAGUGUCAUCUACCUCCACAGAACAAGCCAACGACAACUCACAACAAUCCUGGGUCGAAAAUAUCAGAACAAUUGAGAGACUUAGGGCAUAUAUCAAAGACAAGCUCGACCAUCGUGACUACCUUGAGGAUGAAAACGAUUCAGCCGCUGCGAAGGCCGAGUCCCGAGUGAAUGACGAUGCACACAAUCUCUACCCUGUUCUACGAGCGGUGCAGGAAGGGAGGGAAUAAAAAUUAUUUUUUUCUAUUGGUGCUAUCACAUUAAGAGCAUUGUUGAACGAUCUCGGCUCUUACGGAACUCAACUCUUGUUUGGAGCGACGAUUAUUGGCGUUCACGGUGUGGCUAAUGAAUGGGACAUUCGGUAGGUAUGAUGGGGUAUGCGGUUUUGUCUAUUUUCUUAUGUGUUGUCGUCCGCGUAAUGCGUGGACUACUGUUGGGUUAUGUGGUUAUCUCAGCAAGUGCUGUUGGGAUUAGUAGUGACAUCGGCCUCUUUUCUGCAUCUUGCGCAUGUACGGUCGCUACGGUGAAAUGACCGAAGGGAGGAAGUUUCUGUUUUUCGGUUCUAUUCUACGGCUGGAUUAUGCCUACAACUACCUCUUUGUUAUAUCACCCUACAGUAGUGCUGUUUAAGGGCUUUUCGCAAAACUGCAGGGGAAUGAGAUGAGAUGGACAUGGGCACCCUUCUUCAGUGUUUAGUUUGUAUUUCCAGAAUGCAACUUCUCGUCCAAAU